AUGGCCUCAGAGCCUCGCUCACUCGCAAGAGAAGUGGUGGCGAGCUUGCGUAACUUGGGUGACUCGGCAGCUCGGCGGACUCACCUCGGUCAGCGAUUGCCGUCCGGUUUGCCCUCUGCCAAGGUCCCGAUGACGCUACAUGAUGAUCCCGGUGGGUCGAACCGGAUGACGGGCGACCAUGCGGCUCUUCUUAGCUGCAGAAAGAAGCGAAGAAAUGGUUACAUCCCGUUGCCCGGUGAUCGAUACGUGGUGCCUGGGCAAGGCUUAACGGCGGAACGUGGAGGCGGCAAGCACUCAUCGAUAAACCAUAUGCGAGCGGCCGAUGGCUGUGCCCCUCGAUUCGUCCUCCCCAUAGCUGCCAAAAACCGGGACCAGUCAACGAGCCAGAUGACGUUGUCGCCAUCCCCACCUGAGACUCAGCCUCGACACAUUCGCCAGAAUCUCCCACGCAGGUGGCUGCCCGAAUGA